GGAACAUGAGUACUUAAUGACGUUAAUUAUGGUAUACUAACAUCUGUUGAAACUUCCGCGUUGCUUUUUGCCUUUCAAUUCAUUGUUAGAGCGUUAUGUCUCUGGACCCAGUUGCGCAGUUUCUUUACCCAAAUGAUGCUCCGGUGACCCAUAAGCCUGUGUGUGUGGGAGCUGAUGGCAAUUGCUUUUUUCGGGCUGUUGCAAUGUCCUUGACAGGAAAGGAAGAAAAUCACAAGCAACUCCGUCAGCAAGUUGCAGAACAGCUCUGCAACAAGCCACAGGCAAUUGCAGCUGCUUUGAUUGAAAAAUCUUCGUCUUGUCCAGGUGUGAAUCCUUCUUCACUCAUUGCCAUGUUUCUUUCUGAUGAGAGUUACAGCGUGUUCAAAGCCGCAAAGGAAGUGGGAAAGGGCACUGAGGACAGCCUAGCUUUAGCUGUGGUGAAGGAGGGCAAUGAGACAAAGAAAUUUGGAAGUUGGUGUGGGAUGGUGCAAGUCUAUGGUGCAGCUGCAGCAAUUGGUUGUUCCAUCAACAUGCACUACCCUGAGGUUAACCAACGUAUCCGCCCCUUUAUGAAUACCAUUGUACAACCUUUGGAAUCUGCAACAAGUCAAAAUAAUGAUAUUCAUAUCAUGUGGUCUAGCACAACUCAGCCAGCAACUCUUAAGGGAAAUGUUCAACUCAAUCACUUUGUGCCUUUGCUACCCAGAUCAGCCACUAAUCUCAGUUACCAUGCCGAAAGUGACAUUCCUGCCUCUGAUUGCUGUGAUGAGUCUGACUCUGACAAACUUGAAUCUACCUUUGGCUUCAGUGAUGAUGAGAAUGCCAGUGAAUUUGUUGUAAUGAAAACCCUUAGAAAAUCAAGAAAGUCAAAGAGAAUUGAACCAAAGUCAUGGUCAUUGUCUGGAUUCCAACCUAAGAGCCCAAGGGUUUGUGCAAUACCUUCGAACAUGGAUAUUACAGUAGAAACUAUGCAUGAAGAUUCUGGCAUACCUGUUGACUCACACCACACUGCAGCCCAAGAAAGUCAAAAUGGUGACAAACCGGCAUAUGGCAAUGCUUCUCGCACAACUCAACGUGCUAUGGCUGCCACUGCUACUAAGCCAAAGGGUUCUGAAAGCAAGUCUUCCAAGAUCAAGCAAACUCUUGAUUCCUGGUUAUUAAGUAACAAGAACAAACAUGUACAGAAAGACCAAAGGGAGAUUACAAAUAGUCAUCCGAUUACAACCAUUCCAGAGCUUGCAAAAACACCAGUACGUCAAAAUGUGUCAUCAACCACAUGCAGACGUCAUAUAUCAAAAGAAACAUUUAUGGGGUGGAAAAGAAGCCAUGAAGCUGAUUAUCAAACUAUGUCAUGGCUUAAAUGUGAAGUGAUGAAAGAUAAUCCUUCAAUGGUUGAUAUUUUGUGGUGUGAGGUGUGUCGAACAUACCAAUCUAAGGUAUGUGGCACUAAGCAUUUCUCCAGAACGUGGAUUGAUGGGUCAAGAAAUCACAGAACCAACAAUGUCAUUGAUCAUGCUGGGAGUGCUCAGCAUCAAGCUGCAAUGUCCUACAAGCGAAAAGAAACAGCAAGAGAGAGGAGAGAGCCAGUGACGGAUUACAGUGAGAUUGCCAGAAGUUUUAAGAUGAAGCCGGAGACCAAAGCAAGGAUGAUGAAGAAAUUUGAAAUAUGUUAUUUUCUGGCAAAAGAAAACUUUCCAUUCGUAAAAUAUCCAUCUAUCUGUGCUCUUGAAAAACGACAUGGUGUUGAGCUGGGAGAGGCAUAUUCAACUGAUGUAGCAGCUAGUCACUUUGUGCAUUAUAUUGCUGAAAGUCAGCGACAGCAUUUCAAACAAACAGUGGCAGCACCUUUCUUCAGCAUCUUGAUGGAUAGUUCAGCUGACAAAGGAAAAGUGGAGAAUGAGUUGUUUGCAAUCAUCUAUUCUGAGAGUGAUCACACCUCUGAAAAGCUAAUAACUCGAAGUCGAUACUUCAAAGUACUGGAACCGUCUAAGGCUGAUUCUGCUGGACUCUUCGAUUGCCUACAAGAAGCUCUGAAAGAUAUGGGUAUAAGAGAUUUGAUGAAUCCAGAAAAUGUGCUGCAAGUCAAAAAUUUGCCAAUUCUUGUUGGUGUGGGAACUGAUGGUGCUGCUGUAAACAUCUCAGAGAUACGUGGACUAAAAGCAAAAGUUCAGAAUGUUCUGCCAUGGAUUUUCUGGAUGUGGUGUUUUGCCCAUCGACUAGAACUGGCAAGCAGAGACGCUCUCUCCAAUCCAGUAUUUAAAGAAAUAGAUGAAAUGCUUCUUAGGAUCUAUUAUCUUUACAACAAGUCUCCCAAGAAAUGUAGGGAACUGAGGGCUAUUGUGAACGAUUUGAAAGAAGUAUACAAUUUUCCAAGGGGUGGCAACCUACCAGUGAGAGCAUCAGGAAGCAGAUGGAUUGUUCAUAAGCGAAGAGCACUCCACAGAGUUCUCGAUAGGUAUGGGGCUUACAUGAACCACCUAGCAAGCCUCUGUGAAGAUGCUAGUCUUAGAAGCCCUGAUCGGCAGCGUCUAAAAGGUUAUUUGACAAAGUGGACUCAUGCAAAAAUAAUUCUGUCCUGUGCCCAUUACAUAGAUAUUUUAGAUCCCGCCGCUAGUCUGAGCUUGUCUUUACAGGAAGAUGAUCUUGAUAUCAUUAAGGCAAUUCAAUCAGUACUCAAAAGUCACCGAGCCAUGGAACAGUUGAAAGAAACUCCCUUAACCAAUUGGUUUGCAAGCAGACGUGUCAUGGACAAUCUAAUAAAAAGUGCAGAUGGCAAAAUGACGUAUCAAGGAAUUGAAUUACAUCACUUCAAUGAUGUUGUUGUGAACAGCUGCAGACAGCAAGCUUUAAGUGAUCUGAGAAGAUUGGAUGAUGAAUUGAAGGAAAGACUUUCAUGGUCAGACACAAAACUUAUGAGGGCUAUUAUGGUUUUCUUGGACACACAAGCCUGGUACUCACACAAAACCGAUGAGUCUUUCUCUCAUCAGCUUACAGAGGCUGUUUCAAUGCUAGUUGAGAAUUUCCGAGCUCCUCUCGAGGCCAAGGCUACUGAUCUAGCAGCAAUUCAGGAAGAAGCCAAGGAGAUGCUUGACUAUGCACAUCAAUAUCUUCGAGUGGACAGAGAUGGGUAUCAACAUGUUUGGUACCGCUUGGCGUUUGGACCUGACUGCACGCAAUUUAGGAAUUUAGUUGCUAUUGCACAGCUCCUUUUCAGCUUACCGUUUAGUACUGCAAAAGUAGAACGCCUUUUCUCCCGCUUAAAACUUAUUAAAACUGAUCGUAGAACAAGUCUUAGUCAGGAGACGUUAUCUGCUAGAGGUCAGUGUUGA